AUGGAGAACCCCCAAAAAGAACACUGGGUUGCGGUCAAGCGCAUCUUCCGCUACCUACAAGGCACCAAAAUGCAUGGAAUCUGCUACAAGCCAAAUGCGAAGAUCGACUUUCGUGGCUACUCGGAUGCAGACCGGGCCGGUGACCUCGCUGAUCGCAAGUCGACGUCUGGUUACGUAUUCAUGGUGUUGGGUGCGCCAGUGAGUUGGGGCAGCAAGAAGCAGCCAAGUGUUUCGUUGUCCACGAGUGAAGCCGAAUACAUCGCACUCAGCUUGGCGGUUCAAGAGGGCAAGUGGAUUCAUCGUCUGCUUUGUGAGAUCAUGAUGGCUGAUAAUGAAGAAGGACCGGAACUCAUGAUCCAUGAAGACAAUCAAUCGUGUAUCAAGAUGACAAAGAACCCGGUCAACCACGGCCGUGCCAAGCACAUUGACAUAAAGUAUCAUCACAUCCGUGAUGAGGUCAAGCGCGGUGAAGUGAAGCUCAAGUACUGUGAAACUGCGGUGAUGUUAGCGGACAUCAUGACGAAGGGACUUCACGGGCCACGCCACAAGGAGACGACGGCGACUCUCGGGAUUUGUGCGAGUUCGCAUUGA